AGGAUCUCGGACAGACACCUACAUACGCAAGCCGAAGCGAUAGGACUUGAAUUUUGGCGCUAGUAGCAGGAGAAAGCAAGAGUAGCAGGACGGGGACAAUAAACAAGUUUGCUGCUUAUCUGGAAUUCUUGUUCGAUACUAAGAAAUGGAAGGUGAGGAUGAUCUCGACAUCCUGACUUCCCUUCUAGAAGAAAAUGAUACAGAGGAGCCAAAAGUGGAUGAUUUGGAUGAUCUGUUUGAUAAUGAUGACGACAAUGAGGAGGAAUUUGAUGAUGGGCAAGCUAAGGAUGAAUCUGCCAAACACAAGGAAGACAUUGAAAUGCUCUUUGGAGAUGUGGAUGACAUGGAGGAGGAGAGCAUGCAGAACGAGACUUCAGACACAAAAGCAAGUGAUUCCUAUGAUAAAUCUAAGGAAGAGCUUGCAGCUGAGCUGAGGCAUAUGCAGGAGCAGAUGCGUAAGCUGCAGCAGAAGCUGGAGGCCUCGCAUAGCUCAGAAGCUUCCAGACCCAGCCAGAAUGCACUUCCUGCCCCGGGGGCCACGAAGCAAGGCGGCUCCUCAGACAGUCCUGCACCCUUGACACAGAGGAGCCACCCCACAAAGUCACAAGAGUCCACCAAGACAGACCCCCACCAAAGGAAGCAGCGAAUUAAUCACCAGACCAGACCAGGACCUGCAGCUGCUUCAGCAGUCAGUUACCUGGUAGGGCAGAAGUGUCAACUAAUGAAGGCCACUGACGCGGCACAAACUGUCCCCCGCACAUCAGCUACUCAUGAUGCUACAGCAGAGAAGUUCUCUGGACUCAGGCUCAGGAGACCACGCGUGUCCUCCAUCGAGAUGGAGCAAAAGAUGGGAGACCGUCGCCUGAUAAGGCUGUCGCAGCUACCAGAACGGCUGGCUCGCGAGAAGCUUGAUGAAACUGAUUGGGUCACUUUUGCCGUGGUGGUCAGCAAAGUCACUCCACAGAGUAACAGCAGUGGCAAGACCUUUAGUAUUUGGAAGCUGAAUGACCUCCGAGACCUAGAAGUUUAUGUAAACCUGUUCCUGUUUGGAGAAGUUCACAAAGAACACUGGAAGACUGAUCCAGGCACUGUCAUCGGUAUCCUGAACCCAAAUCCAAUGAAGCCCAAGGAGGGGUCUGAUGGGCUGUGCUUGUCUGUGGAGCACCCACAGAAGAUUCUGCUCAUGGGUGAAGCCCUAGACUUUGGAACUUGCAAGGCUACCAAGAAGAAUGGGGACCCCUGCAGACAGCUAGUCAACCUGCACGAGUGCCAGUUCUGCCAGUACCAUGUGAAGGCCCAGUACAAGAGCAUGAGCUCCAAGAGGGCGGAGCUGCAGUCCAGUUUUUCCGGCAAGGUUGCCGGGAAGGCUCGGGGAAAGGGGGCUGUUGGAUUAAAGGAGCGUCUGUGUCAAAGUGGGUUCCAUUACGGGGGUGUGUCAUCAAUGGCGUUUGCCACCUCUGUGUCAGGAUCACAACAGAAGAAACCCAAGCAGACAACUCUGAGCAAUCUGUUUGUAAGAGGUGCAGACCAGAUCGUCAGUCAAGCAAGGAGGCUCGCCAUGGCUACCAGUGAGGUCACUGGCUGCUCCGAUGACUUCAAAAGCCUGCUAUCAAUGCAGACGCCAGGAGCCCUCAACCUGAAGAAACACCUGCGGCAUAAUACGUCAGGCUCGGCCAAUGCAGCGAGCCCUGGAGUCCAGUCUAUCUCGGCUGGCCAGCUCCUCAAGCAACAGAAGCAGCAGCUCAUGGAGGCCAGACGCAGGAAGUCUGAGAAUCUUCAGCAGAGGUUCCUCCAGAACAAUGACAAAGUUGGUCCAAAGAUGCCCUCACCAGAAGCAGUCAAGCAGUCCCCCACAGGGCAGGGCCACACCCCCAAGCUGGGGCGUGGCUUCAGUGAAGGGCAGGACGUCCUGUUCUUUGACCAUACACCAACAGCUCCAACACUUAACUUAUCAGCUGCAAAGUUAGCUGCGCUGAAAAAGCUGCGGCAAAAAGGAGCAGCGCUGGCAAAAGAAGACCCGAACUCCGUGAAGAGGAAAAGGCCAAACGCCAGUGACAUCACCAACAGGGUGGAGCAGAACCGGGAGUCCCCUUCAGGUGGGUCAGAACCGGAGCUUGAAGAACCUGAGCUGAAGAGGCGCAGAGAGCACUUGGAGUACUUGCAGUCUGACGCUUUUCAGAAGAUCCUCAACGCCAAAUCAAGACACUUGGGGGUGGUGCAGGAUGCAGAAUUUCAGAUCCAGGAGAAGUACUUUGAUGCCCUCGUGAAGAAGGAACAAAUGGAAGAGAAGAUGAGGAACAUCCGAGAGAUGAAGUGUAGGGCUGUUACCUGUAAAACGUGCAAGUACACCUACUUCAAGCCCUUGGAUAGGUGUGUGGAAGACAAACAUGAGUACCACUGGCAUGAUGCCCUGAAACGCUUCUUCAAGUGUCCCUGCGGGCAGAGGGCCAUUGCCCUGGACAGGAUGCCUCACAAGCACUGCAGCAACUGUGGUCUUUUCAAAUGGGAGCGGGAUGGCAUGAUAAAGGAAAAGUCUGGCCCGAAGAUUGGAGGAGAACUACUUUUACCCCGGGGAGAGGAGCAGCCCAAAUUUCUUAACGGCCUAAAGUGACUACCAUUCCGGUCGUGAAGACAGCAGGUUAAGCAGGGAUGAUGCCCAGACUCACCAACCAUCUCCUCCAGCUCCACCGGGGCAUACCAAGGCAUUUCCAGGCCAGCAGAGAGGUACAAUCUCUCCAACAUGUCCUGGGUCUGUUCCCGGUUCUCCUCCCGGUUGGACAUGUCCGAAACACCUCCCCGGGCAAGUGUCCAGGAGGCACUCUACAUAGAUGUCCGAACCACCUCAAACGACUCCUUUUGAUGCGGAGGAGCAGCAGCUCUACUUUGCGCCGCUCCUGAAUGUCUGAGCUCCUCACCCCAUCUCUAAGGCUGAGCCCAUACACCCUAUGGUGAAACUCAUUUCUGCUGCUUGUAUCCGCGAUCUCACUCUUUCGGUCACUACCCAAAGCUCUUAAUCAUAGGUGAAAGUAUGAACAUAGAUCUACUGGUAAAUCAAAAGCUUUCCCUUCCACCUUAACUCUUUCACCACGACAGAACGGUACAGUGUCCGCAUUACUGCUGACGCUGCACUGAUCCUCCUUUCGAUCUCGCGCUCCCUUGUGAAUUUGUGAACAAUACCCUGAAAUGAUUAAGCGUAAAAGUACAAGGUUGUCACACUGCUGUGAUGUUUUUGGUUUGUUCUUUGUUAUAAAUAAAGCAUUGAA